CCCCCACCGCGCGUAUACAUUCGCCAAGAUGAGACGCGGGUGAUGUUCAGAUCACGUCGAUCGUAUUUGGCGAAGACAAGGAAUGUGGUGACAACAUGACCGGAGUGGGAUUUCUCGCUUUUGCGGGGAGUGUUCGUCUACAACAUCCUUCCCGACCCGAUGUGGUAGCACGAACACCGGGUGACACGUAUAUCGGAGCAUAGCAACAUGUAUGAGCGAGGGAAUAUUGCGAGCCUGGGUAUCAUGUUCGGCCUCAAAGAAACAUCGGCAGCUACGCUCCGACCCAUGCUCCGAGAUGAGAGUGCUGGAUUGAAGAGUGAAAGAUAGCACCCUUUCACACGACCAAGAUAAUCUGAAAGCAAGACAACAUGAAAUUAUGCUGUGGCUGGUCAUCGGGAACGAAGCGCUACAAUCGUAUGCCAAUGGACAAUAGUCCGAGCGAAACCGUCCUCUGCAGUAUGACGCCUGUUCCACGGACCGUGAUUCCUGCAAGGCCUUUGGUCGCCUCGCUUCCUUCAACCAUCAGAGCUGUACCGCCGUCCCUGAGCGACAGUUCCGAUCCAUCGAUCUACGCUUCAGCAAGAAACUCCGUAGGAGACACAAGGGAAGAUGGCCAAAGCGAGCCCACAGACGGGCCAAAGCCUACCGCGGAACCAACAUGGCGACAGGCUCUAGCUGCCCAUAGAAGGCUGCAGGAAGAAAGUUGCAGCAAGACCAUGAGCAAAGAUGACGUUUUCUCUGUCGCGCAAAACGCCCAUGCUCUCUGCAACAUCAACGGCAGACAAGACCAAGCUAUUCGCGUCGAGCGCAUCACAGCGGCGUAUCUCCGCGACAGAGCUCUCAAUAAUGAGACACCAACACCAGAGUCCCGGUCAUUGCGCUUCGCCCAAACAGACGCGCUCAAGAGCUACCCAAACAUCGCAUCAGUCCUCGUCGCCACCGAUCGCGUCGGCGAUGCACACUCCGAGACCGAUAUUACUUCCGUGGGUACAGCACGACACGCAGGAGAAGUGCUUGGUGACAAAGAGCUUGCAGAUUCCUCACGCACCUGAAUGCAGGAUCGACUCACAAAUUUUCAUGCGAAUUUGUCGUGCUUGCCCUUGACCUUCACGUCCAACAACGCUUCAUGAUAAUCACCUUCUCUGCGCGCUUUCUUCAGCAUCUUCACCUCGUCAUCGUCAAGUCGACGGCCGACGGCGUCUUCGAGCUCCUUUCGGCUGAUCUUUGCUCGAAUCUUCUCGGCCUUCUCGGCUUUGUGCUUGGGUUUGAAGCGAGCUUGCAUGCGGAUGCGGAUAUGGGUCGUCUCAGACGUCUUCUCACUAUCUCCGCGAACCUCCGCGGGGGUCUUGUCACUGUCCACAGAAAGAUAGGUCGAACGGGUCGUCUGUAUUUCGAACUGCUCGGGAUAAUCAUCGGAAGGGACGACCAGGAACGUUUCCUCGGGAGAGACGGCUUCGCGAGAAGCCGAAAGGAUACCGUAUUUGUCACAACCUAAG